AUAUUUAAAAAGACCAGUACAGAUCCAUGAUGAAUGGCAAGGAAAAGAAAGAGCUAAGUUUUAUUUAAUGUUUUGUAAUGUCUUGAAACACACCAGUAUUUUGGAUUCUCCCAAAAAGCAGGUCCUAGCAUUUGGGUUAUGUUGUAAGUAUGAGAUGGUCAUACAAGUUCCUUUGAAUGAAAACAUGCAGGAGCAAUCCACAGAUGCUUCAGGAAAUGUGGAAAACCAGUCAGUGGGGUCUCGGAGAACUUAUUCUUCCCACCUGUUCCUGACCUCGAUGAAAGGAAUCAUACAUCAAAACACCCUUACCCUCAUCUUUUUCUACUGCUGGAACUCGCUGAGAACUUGGAUAUUGUUUCCUGUGUUAUCUGUAUGGGGAGCUCUAUUGGACUGUGCAGCCACAGUAUUUACAACCCAAGGUGCUUUUGUCACUGAAGCUGCACAUCUGUUGAAAAGUCUUUACAGUGAAUGCUCUGUUUUUUUGGUUAGAAAAUAUUUCCACCCUGAUCUUAUUACAGCCUUCUCAGCUCUACCUUCAAUCGUCUCCACUGCCUGGACCUAUGGAAUCAUUAAAAUAAAAAAUCUCAUGAUGCAUUGUGUGAUCAGUCUCAGUUGUGUCCCGAAAAAGGUGAGUAUGCUCCUGGUGACCACAUUUAUCCAGCUGAUCAUUGAGAUUACCAGCGUAGUCCCAGAGAAGAAUGGAGAACAGGUGGAGCGGCUCUUCCAGAGAGCAGUGUCCUUGAGUCUGGAAUCUUAUAUCAGGAGCCUGCUGAGAAGCUUCUUCAUGACGGUUUCUGAUCUGCUCCAGACUCUCCCCCGUCUCUGUCUCCACCAGCUGUGGAAAAUCCGCAAAGGAAUGAAGAGGAGCUUCUGCCAGAUUGUAUUAGCCCAGUCAAGACCAGGAUCCAAACAAGAUCCAGGCCAUUCUUCUGUGCUGCUUGAGUUUCUCUCUGGCCUACAACCAUCAGGUCUGUGGGCUUCCUUAGACAUUUGCAUUCCUCAGGAGUGCCCUUUCUGGAAACCUUUACAACCCACGGAAGAUAUUCUUUUUGAGGAAGAAGCAGAGGAGGGAGUUGGGAGCCACCAGAUAUGGCUCACACUCGGCUCUACAGGUGUUCCCCUGCACAAACGCUUUAAACAGCACCACAUCUCCAGAGAUGUCCAGUGCUGGCAGGAGAAUGGCCAGAGACAGGAGGUUAGUGUAUGGGUGCUGAUUGUUAGAGCCAUGUGCUUGACUUUCAUCAUCAUGUACCUCUCCGCACUUCUCUUUGUUGCAUUCUUCAUGAUGUGAACAGUGCAGUGGAUCAGACUGGAGACCAUUCUUUACACCAUUGUGGAUUUUCCAGGAUGAACAGGCUAAAUAUUAUCCUGCAAGCCACACAAACUAACAAUACACAUUGAAUCUUUCUCAAUUUUAUAACGGAAAAUGCUGGUAAGAAUGUCAGUAAGCACAAUAAAAUAAACAUUAAAGUUU